AUGGGAACACCUCUACAACCAGAGAAGCCUUUUCUCUCUCACAAAGUUGAUCUAGGUCUCUAUUAUGAUGAAUUUGUAGGAGAGAAAUUUCACAAAUAUCUCGUUGCAACUUCAUCCGAAGGAGUCUACUCCCGGAAAGAUAUUGCAGACUCAAACUGGACUGAAUUAUUCCUGCCAUUUGAAUGUUCCGAUAUUUAUUUGGGAAAUAAGAUUCUUUGCUUCCAAACAUCGAGAAACAAAUUAGUUCUGAAUUCUGCCUUCCAUAUGAAUGAAGGUCUGAGAGCCAUUUUCAAGAAAUCAAAAAUUGGAACUCCAGAAUUUGUUUUGAUCGAUGAAUUUAAAUUAGUGGAUUAUUGUUAUGAAAAAUUUGAAAUUCCCAACACAAGUAUGAGAUCCUAUGAAUAUAACAAGAUCGCGUGUGACUCACAACAUCUUUAUAUCGAGAUGAGUAAUGGUUUAUUGAUUUGUUUAACAUCCUCAGCAACGGCUCCUGGAGUGAGAGUAAACACAACUUUCAUGGCUCCCAAUGAUCGAAUUCGAUUCAUUGAAGGAGCCUCACAAUCUGAGAAGGUCAUGAUUGUAACACAAAGCAACAAAAUUUAUGGCUUCCAUUUUCAAACUCUGAGAUAUGUGAAUAAUGAAAAGGUUUGUUCUCCUAUCACCAGUUUGUGUGUGAGCCCAGUUUGUGCAUUUAUAACCACACAAGAUAACAUGCUCUAUGUGAUUGGUGACGACUCAAACGGCUCCACUGGAGGUAUGCAACAAGCUCGUGAAAAAUUCAUGCCCACCCAUGAUCAAUUUAAGGAGAAAAUUAUGCAAGUGAAAUGUGGAUACAUUCAUUCAUUGAUACUUUUGGAGAAUGGAAAUGUUUACGCAACAGGAUACAAUGAUCUCAAACAGUGUUGUCGUUUGGAAUCGCCCACCACGUUUUCCAAAACAGAGAUAGUCUUGACCAAAAAAGACCAUCCAAAGAGGUUGCAAUGCUCUUCUCGUGGAAGUGUUUUUCUAACAGACACUGAAGCAAUAUUUGUUGGAGAAGUGGUUCAUAAAUUCCCACAGUAUAAAAACUUUCAACUUCGCCUCCCACUUGGAGGAGAUUUUAAUGAUGUUCGAGGAGGUGGAUGGCAAUACGUUGUUUUUAAGAGUUGUGUUAAUUCUUCCAAAAUGCUUUCUUUCUUUUGGAGUAAUUUGAAACAACGUGCUCAUGACCGAGAAGAAAAAUUUCACGAUGUACUCUUUGAAUUUGCGUAA